AUGUCACGUACUAUGCUUGUGCCUUUAACAUCUGUUGUUCCAAACAUUGAUCUUCUUCUCGUCAAUUUAUUUAAGGCUCGGACGUAUGAUGAGUUUCGACAAAUAGUCACUGCUGAUGUUGUAUAUUAUUUGUGCCAAGAAAUGCGCACACGUCUAAUGAGUGAGCCUGUGUUACUUCCAUUGACCACAGAAAAGCGGAUUGUAGUCAUUGGAGACCUUCACGGACAGUACUUUGAUCUGAUUCGACACUUCCAAGUCAAUGGGUUACCACCAACUACGAUCUAUUUGUUCUUAGGAGAUUAUGUCGAUCGAGGGAAAUACAGUGUCGAGGUGUUGUGUUUACUUUAUGCCCUUAAAGUGAAAUACCCCGACUGCGUCUAUAUAGUCAGAGGAGACCACGAGUGUUCCCGAGUGAAUCGACGCGGUGGAUUUUACUCGGAGUGUCUCAGAGACUUCUCGAGUUUAUACCCGUGGAAUGCGUUUGUGUCGACAUUCAACGUGAUGCCAUUCGCAGCGAUAAUCGACGGGAAGAUUCUUUGUAUCCACGGAGGGUUAUCUCCUCUCUUGGAGCAAAUUGGGCAACUGAAGAAGAUCGAAAGACCCGUUGAUAUACCCCACGAGGGAUUAUUAAGAGAUAUCGUAUGGUCCGACUUCUUCGAAGAGCAAGAAGGGUAUGGCGACAACGAAAGAAGAGAGACUAGUUUUGUCUUUGGGAAGGAACAACUCGAUCUCUUCCUUAAGAAGAAUAAUUUGGUUGGGAUUAUUAGAGGGCAUGAAUUGGUCAACACCGGAUUUUUGGUCGAAGGAAAUUGUAUUACUGUUUUCUCUGCUUGUCAGUACGUCGGGUGUUUCGAUAACAGCUCGGCUGCAGUAAUAGUCGAGAAAGGCCUCAAGAUCUCUUUCAGUGUUUGUUACUCUCUAUGA